AUGCAUUUAAAAAUAGACAUAACACACAUAUCUGCAAACAGUCGACCCACACGGUGGACUUUACAGUAUGGAGACAGGUACACAUAUUCGCCAUCUUCCUCCCUAGAUUUGAAAACUGAUAGCUGUCAUGGUGUUACUAGCAGUCCAGAUCUAUAUCCACAAUGGACUGGAAAUCCUAGGUGGCCGAAAAACGAAAAUAAUCGUGAGAUUAAACAAUCCAGUUGUUUAUGUCUUUGCUUUCUACAGAAUUUUGUAAUGCGAGAGAAUCAUUUACAUGUGAUUUACAUAAUAUAUUGA